CAUCGUGAGAGUCUCCAGUGGAAUUUCUCCAUGUGCACGAAAUAUUUUUUAGAGAGUUGAAAUUCUUUCUUUGUUGUUGUUGCAUUUUUCGCCAAAAAGUGCCUCAAAAUUGCAUUCAGUGUACCCCAAGUGCCACACAAGGGCCCCCACGAACGCCCCAAAGUGCCGUACAUUGCUGGAAAGUGCACAAAGUGGCUCCCGGAGUGAUUAUUUUUUCAAGAGCGAAAGAGAGAGGGAGACCCACAAAAGUUUCUCAAUAAAAUUUUUCUUCACCCAGGAAUUUCCCUGGUCUCGCAAGCAAUUGGGGCGCCUCCGCCACCCGUGGGGCAGUGUAGUGCGGCUUGUGGAGCUUGUGGAUUAGCGAUUGUGAGGGUCUUUUUGUGCAAAUUGUCGGUGGUUGUGUGCAAAAAUGCGGAGGAAAAGUGAUUUUUGACAGCGCAAGUCGCCCCCGUGAAGGGAAAAUUUUUCCGUGAGUGCUCCGUUCUUUUCCCCCGGAGAAGGGCUUACUGGCCACAGUGUGUAAAUUGAUUGUGCCUCCUUUGAAAUUGAAGGAAUCCCCGGGAGUUGGAAGUGUGCUGGAGAGUGCAUUUGGAAAGUGAUUGAACGGAGGAGAAGAAAAAGUGUGACCACCAUUUGGAAUUCUUCGCUUAACCUUCUUCGUGACGUUUCCGGAUAAGCAGCGAAGAAGCCUCCCGGACAUUGUGUCAGAGCUCUUUUAAACCCACAAAAAUCCCCACAGUCGGGAUUCCCUGUGCGAGGGCACCGCGACGCAGCUCACAGGAAGAUUUUUGCCGAGAGAGAGUGCGAGAUUUUUAUCAACAAGGCGAAAUUUUUGCACAGUGUGUGCCUAAUUUUAGAAAUAAUUAUUAAAACUCCUUGUUGGAAGAUCUCUCGCUGGCUGUGCUGGCUGUGCUUGUACGCUGAGACGCCAGGGAGGUGCAUUUUCCCCAUGCUGACACGCGUGGAUUUUCCAAGAAGUCCCCACAUUGACACGAAGACAAGUUCCGAAGAAUGAAGAAGACGAUCAACUUGAGGUCUCUUCGGUGAUCAAACUCUCGAAGAAAAGGAUUCUGUCUGUGAAGAAGUAACAAAAAAAAGUGCCUGUCUUAUAUUUUUUCUCUCCUCUCUUACUCUCUGUGGAAUUUAUGCGGUAUUUGGCAUUGAAAGAGCGGGAGUAAAAAGUGCCUUUGAAGAGUAAUGCGUGGAAUUUGAUAAGGAAACGACAGAGAGAGAAAUAUUUCGAAUAUUUCUCUUGCAAUUAAUUUAAUUAAACUAAAACUCCCAGUGAUUAGUGGACAGGUUUUUUUUUCAAUGUUGUUGUUUUAAAAUAUUUCGCUAUCUAAACAAUUUUUGUGGUGUGUCCUCCAAUUAAACAAUUUAUUAAGUGAAAAAGGAGGAAAAAAAGAGAUAUUUUUUUUAAUUAAAUUGUGUUGUGGGUGAAGUAAAAGAAGAAAAAUCCAAAGGAUAAAUUUUUCUUUUUGUGAUAUGACAAACUUCAACAUUAGGAAUGAAUUCAUCCGGCGGAAAGACACCGUCAUCGGCGCGACUGUCGGAGUACACGACGAAUGCACUGGAGCAAAUAAGGAAAGAUUUAUGCAAAUUUGUCCAUAUCAACAAUGGAUCGCAGAUGACAACAGAUGGAUCAACUACACCACAAUUGGGCCAGCAACAGGUGACAAAUCAUCAAAAUUUGGCCGAACGAGAGAGAGAAAUUCUCAUGUGUCAACAACUUACUAAUUUAAUUAAUGCCGGCUACAGUGAGGAUCAAGCAGUAAAUGCGUUAAAACAGGCCUCAGGACGUCCCGAUGGGCUCCUUUUUGCCGCAACAAAACCCACAUCAUCCCCCGAAUCACCAAUUAAUGGCCACAGUGCACCACCACCGUCCAAGGUGCCAGCAGCCCUGGCCACGAAGCUCAUGCGAAAGCACAGCAUUGAGCGUGAGCUCAGUCAGGCAUUGCAGUACAAUCGCAAUAGUCCAGCUCUCGAUUCAGGGGCAGGAAGUUCCCGGUCCGAUAGCCCCCAUUCGCAUCAGCAAAUUAUCCCAAGUCGUGCCAGCACCGGGCAGUACUCCCCGUCGCCGUGUCCAUCGAGUUUCAGUGAUGCACCCCCAUUGCCGCCGCCGCGGUGCUCGUCGACACCGCCGACGCCACCCCCGGUGCCUGUGACGAAUUUCCAGCAGCUCUUUAAGCGUAUGAGCCCCGCGACGAACCCCACAGCGCGUUCUGUGCCACUCCCAUCGCAGAGUCCGGCACGUGGAACGUCACCCGUGAGUGCGGUUGGGACACAUCCGCGACAGCCGAUGAUUGUGCAAAAUGGGCCACAGGCGCAGCAGCAACUGUCGCAGCAGAUGCAAGCGUUGAGCCUGUAUCAGAGUGGUGGGAAUUCCGGAGAGCCACCACCACCGUAUCCCAUCAUUUCAGCUGGGGCACCUCCACCACCACCCAGCUACACAGCAUCCAUCCAGAGUCGUCAGAGCCCAACGCAGUCCAGCACGACGACGGAUUAUCGCAAAAGCCCCAGCUCUGGUAUUUAUUCGGCCACAUCGGCGGGAUCUCCUAGUCCCAUCACUGUCUCUCAGGCGGCAGUGACGCCUCCACACCCGGCUGCUAUGGCCCGACCCAUCCCCCUACCCGCAUGGGGUGCUCGUCAAACGAAGACCCAACCACCGAUUAUCAUGCAAUCGGUGAAGUCAACGCAGGUGCAAAAGCCCGUCCUGCAGACGGCAAUUGCCCCAGCGGCUCCUACAACGCCAUGCAUUGCUACAACGGUGGCACCACCCUCGUAUGCGUCCAGUAUUCAUCAGAAAUCUCAGGCCACGACCCCAUCACCCGUCCCGACGUCCAAGCCACCCGUGUCGGCACCCUCAACACCACCCGCAGUUGUCAAUGGGAACGUUACACCGCAACCCGUUGUCCCCACGACGGAGCCCCCAUCGUAUGCCAGCACCAUGCAAGCCCUGCUGGCGGGGCAACAAUCCCGCAAUAUGCCACCACCUCCGCCCUAUACGAACUCCAAUGCCACAAAUGCACGUACGACGAAUGGAAAUUCCCCCGGAGAAUCCCCGACGAGUCUCAAGAAUGGGAAUCUCACCACAACACCCCCACUCCCGCCCACGGCAUCGAGUAGUGUGGCUAAAGUUAAUGGGAUUGAGAAGAAGGGUGGUGCUGCCCCCACAGCGGGUACUGCAUCGACACGUGGUGCAGGUGAGAGUGGCCCGUGCAAGAAGAUCAAGCACCACAGCCCGAUUCCUGUGCGAAAGAAUGUUUCCAAGGAGAAGGAGGCUGAGAGGAAGGAAUUCCGGAUACGGCACUACUCACCGCAAGCUUUUAAAUUCUUCAUGGAGCAACACAUUGAGAAUGUGCUGAAAUCCUACAAGGCACGCCUCUAUAGGCGGAAUCAACUUGAGCGUGAGAUGCUGAAAAUGGGCCUAACGACGCAGAGUCAGACUCAAAUGCGGAAGAUGCUGUGCCAGAAGGAAUCCAACUAUAUCCGGUUGAAGAGGGCAAAGAUGGAUAAGUCAAUGUUCCUCAAGAUUAAGGAUAUUGGUGUUGGGGCUUUUGGUGAGGUGAGUCUGGUGCGGAAAAUUGAUGCAACGAAUCAUCUGUACGCCAUGAAGACCCUGCGGAAGGCGGAUGUACUCAAGAGGAAUCAAGUGGCGCACGUAAAGGCAGAAAGGGAUAUCCUAGCUGAGGCUGACAACGAUUGGGUCGUGAAGCUCUACUACAGCUUUCAGGAUGAGGAUAAUCUCUACUUUGUCAUGGACUAUAUUCCAGGUGGUGACUUGAUGUCGUUGCUGAUCAAAAAGGAGAUCUUCGAGGAACCCCUGGCACGUUUCUACAUUGCUGAGCUCACGUGCGCCGUGGAGAGUGUCCACAAAAUGGGAUUCAUUCACAGGGACAUAAAACCAGACAAUAUUCUCAUCGAUAGGGAUGGACAUAUAAAAUUAACAGAUUUUGGAUUGUGCACAGGAUUCCGGUGGACGCAUGACUCCAAGUAUUAUCAGAAAAAUGGAGAACACGCUAGACAGGACUCAAUGGAGCCAUGGGAUGAUAAUGGAGAAGUAACGAGACCUUCUGUGCUUGAACGACGACAACGAGCCCAUCAGCGUGGCUUAGCACAUUCCCUAGUCGGUACACCAAAUUACAUCGCCCCGGAAGUACUGGAAAGGAGCGGAUAUACUCAACUGUGUGACUGGUGGAGUGUUGGUGUUAUUCUGUAUGAAAUGCUCGUUGGGCAGCCACCUUUCCUGGCUAAUACGCCCGGUGAGACGCAGCACAAGGUUAUUAACUGGGAGACAACACUGCAUAUCCCACCACAGGCGAAACUUUCACGUGAAUCUGCCGACAUGAUCCUGAAGCUGUGUUCAUCGCCCGAUCGGAGAUUGGGCAAAAAUGCGGAUGAAGUGAAGGCACAUCCGUUCUUCAAGUCGAUUGAUUUCAGCAAAAAUCUCCGUGAGCAACCUGCCCCGUAUAUUCCGAAGAUUGAGCAUCCCACGGACACGUCGAACUUCGAUCCAGUCGACCCGGGGAAGCUGCGGAAUAGUUCCCUCGAUUCGGGACGGAGUGAUGAGUUCUCGGACACCGGGAAGCCCUUCCAUGGGUUCUUUGAGUUCACCUUCCGGAGAUUCUUUGAUGAUAACAACACCAAAAUUGCCGUUGAUGGGAAUGAUGACCUAGGACCCGUCUACGUAUGACAAAUGACCUUCUAUUUCGUGGGAAGGGACUGAAAACUUCUUUAUAUAAUUUUUUUUAAUUACAAAAUAAUUUUGGGAUGGGAUUCUUUUUCUUUGCGAUAAGAAAAGGAUGAACAUAAAAAAUCGGAAUUGGUGCUACUUUUUUUUCAAACUUUCUCUUUAGAAAUCUUUUUUUUUUUAAUUUUGUAGUGAACGUUUAGUAAUUUCAUUUUUUUUAAAUUAAUUAUUCUAUUUAAGGAAUUUUUAUGGGAGGGAGCGAAAGGAAGAAGAGGAAAAAAUCUUUAUUGGGAAACGUGAUAAGAAGAUAAAUGAUUCGUGUGCCUUUGAUGAGGGGGGAAAAUAGAGAAUAAUAUUUUUCUUUGUUGGAAAACUGCCGAGGAAAACAAGGGAUGAUUUUUAUUACAUAUUAUAUAAAAGAAAAGUGAAUGAACAAAUUAUUUUAUUUAAUGAAAAACUGAGAAAAUCUAUGAAUUAAUUCUCUUCAAUAUAAAUAAAAAAAAAUAGUUUUUUGAAUGUUGGAAAAAA